AUGACUCCCAGCCAAUCUCACCUCAGUAACUCAAAAUACGGCUAUGACUUUGUCGUCGCCACCACUCAGGAAAGCAUCAACGCCGGCCUCGUUCAAUAUCUCCAGAAUACUGGAAGAACCCAGGAUUAUACCUACCUUUGCUUUUUAGCUGACCAGAAUGGUGACCCCACCAGCGAGGUACCCCUCGAAGAUGUUGUCAGGCUCAGCGGUGGAAUUAGCCCUUUCGACAUUCCCGACGGCACAGACUGGGAGGACGAACGUAUCCAGAAGAUGUAUCAAGUCCGUCUGAUCUGUGCCAUCAGAAUGCGAAGUGGAAUCCCACCUGGAUGCGUUGUGAAUGUUCCCAACAAGGGUCCCCAGAUAAAUCUGCCUGAGCCAAUCGUCAACUUGGGCAAAACUUCUGAAAGUGUUACUUUCAACAUGUACUGCUCUGAUAUAACUAUUAUCAAGAAUAGUGUUCCCAGUGGAUGGGGAUCAAAAGGAUCAUGGAAAUGGUUCAGUCAGCCUCCCGGAAAGCCGUGGUAUGUGAAAACACAGACCAACCUUCUCAACUCGGAGCUGGACAGGAACCUCAACACUCCAUACUUCAAUGCUCACCCAGCGGAGCGUGAUGCACUCAGACUUAGAUUGGAUAACAUUUCAGACUCAGCAUUCAGCCUGCAGCAGCUCCUUUUCAACCUCGACAACGCUAUCGCCCAAUCAGUUCCUACGUUUGUUGGAGUCACAGAUGAGACGGCUUCGUAUCUAUUGGGCAAAUCGUUCAUCAACAUCUGGUCAAAAAUCGCCAAGCAGUACGGUCUCCCACUCAUUGGAGUCACUGCAGUUGCUCAACACCCUGACGGAUCACCACUUCGACUAACUGCACUUGAGCGCUGGGUCAGCCCAGUCGUUGAUUCUUCAUCUGGUGAGCAGAUCAAGAAUCCGUCUGACCUUGAGAUAGCUGCCACGACGCUCAACUAUUUGUGUGCUACCGAUGGACAUCGACUUCCAGGACCUUCGUCCUUCACCUGGAAUUGGAUCGAACCACGAGACCUCGCUCAAUCCAGCGGCGUGAUCUCCAUUAAAAGAGAUACCAUGGCUCGGUAUCUGGUUGACCAGAUUCUUCCUCAGGUCCGAAGCUCUUGUAUCAAGCCGAACGAGCCGCAUACGGUCGAAAUUCCACCUUCUGGCCCUCUCGUUGCCAAAUUGGACUACAGUUUUUCAGUCCGAGCAGACGACCAUUACGCUCUCCCGUAUGGAGAACUCAAGAUUAGCUCAACCUAUUCUUGCACUAUUGUGUUCGGCAACUAUGACCAGACCAAGAACCCGCCUGUCUACGUAGGUGGCAACACCUUCACAGUUGUCCAGGGCCUCUGGAUUUGGGUUUUCGUUCAGUGGGCAGCCUCUAAAGCAGAUGCGUACGUCGUCAACCAGAUUCGCUCAGACGAGUUUGUCAUUUCUGUCGAUGAGAACGGCGGUCUGACCUCUUCGACCACCAAUAACUCAACUAUGACUGAUAGUGCGGGAGAUAUUAAAAUCGGCUUUGCCGAUAAAUUUGUAGGCCUCCAAACCAGGCUCAGAAACAUCAAGAACACCAUCUCAGCCUUGCCCAAUGCUAGUCUUAAGAGUCUUCCUUUCAACAGCAUCAAAAACUUUGUGUUUCCUGGAGCCAAAGUUUUCUCUUACAAGGACGCGUCCUUCUCCAAUCACUCUGAUCUCGCUUGUUGCAUCACUUAUGUGAGCCCGACAGAGGACCCUUGGAAGCUCAUGAGAUCUGACCCGAGUCACCGGACCGACGACCCUCCCGAGACUAUCUAUCUUGACGAGGUUCCGUCUCUUGCAGCCUUUGUUCUGCAACUUCGAGCUGGAGAGCUGAAGCGCCUAGAAGAAGAGAAUAUGGCUGAGAAACCACCACUUCCAAUUGAGGACUCAACUCUUAUGAAUGCGGACCGCUUAGGUAUCAGUGUUGCCCAAAAUGGCGACAAGAAUUCCAAUGUUGAGGGUAUGUCUACUACUCUCGAGCACCCGCCACCCGCCGAAAAAGUCAAUUCCAAACGGCGUCAAGAACGAGCAGUUAUCACGAGUAGCACAGAGCUAAUGCUUAACUACGUACAGGGAGAACUGGUUAAUCCUGAGGGAGAGUUCCGCGCUCUCCAGACUGCCAAUGGGACCGCAUUACUCUUUGCAAUCGACUCUUCGGGUGUAUUCAAUGUCUUUGAAGAGACUGUUGCAGAGAUAAGAACAGGCUGGAGAGCUACCAAUUUGUCUACCAAGAUCAUCAACGAGAAGUUCUCAUCAGGCGCAAAGGCUGUUCAUUUCGACGUUGGACAGAGUGUCAUGAAUAACCAUACUAUAAGUUUAGCCAUGGCCGUUCGUUCUAAUGGGUCUGAUAAUUUAUUCCUUUCACUUAACAACUCGCCUUCCUCUACUUCUCAAUGGAUCUCCAAUCCCGAUUGGACAUCUUUCCCUUUUGAUGCGCAAAACAGACCAAGCUCGAUUCAAAUAACUGGUAUUUAUAUUUCUGAGACGGACCAGCAACAGCAGUACAUCAUGGUUGACAUCCUUCGGAACCCGAACUCUGAUCUCAAGGCCACGUCUCGGUAUAUCGUCGAUCCUUUCUCAACGGGAGUCCACUGGAUGCCCCAUACGCUUCCCUUUGAAGUUGAGCAGGGUACCUAUCAGAGCUGUGUAGGCCGUGUCCCAGGUGCCUUUGUCGACGGUAUCUAUACAGCUGGUUCCGUUAAAGGCGUCGCUCAAAUGUCCUAUGUGCCGCUCUUCAACUCAUCGGGCAGUGCUGCACCUAUGCCAACCCGUCUUCCUCUUCUCAACAAAGUAUUGGCAACAGCAAUCGCUUCAGCCCGGUAUACAGAUGGCACCACUGACUUUUAUGCUGUUAACGACUCCACGCUGUACCGAUGGAGUUCUAACCAGCAACUGCGCGACAAUACGGUUGGGACGGCUUUGUUGACUAACCCGGUCUUUGCGGGCACUGAUACGCUAAUUGCACUUAUUCACGAUGGCAUCACAACCAUCUUUGGCAAGAAUUCCAGCGAUGCGGUAUACUACACAUCAUGCCAGAUUGACCAUCUUGCCAAACCAAUGCUUUGGAGUGCCCCCGUCCCUGUGCUCCAUGGAAUUGAGCGUAUCACCUCAUUCAUAAACUUAAAGGACGGGGGCAACACAGUCUUUGCAGCAGGGGCCAACAGGAUCGACAAGCUUACACAAGCUACAAACACAGAGUCCAAACUGUGGCGUGCCCAAUCCAUUAUGCUCGAGGCAAGUCCACAGAGCAAGCCUAUGUCUUUCACCUCGUACACCACUACGAUCAUUGUCAAAGGGCCAGAUGGUCAUCGCUUGACCGAAGGCGAGAUUCUUCUUUCAACGGUGGCCCGUACGCCGGUAUACAUUGAUGGGAUCUACUACAUUCUUUCCACCACUCCGGUGACUGUCCCUGUUGGUGUAUCUGGUCAAGUGAUGGUCAUCCAAGCGACUGACAGUAUUGUUGGGUCUACCAUCAGUGUACGGUUGGGUGAGGCUGAGCAUGUUGUCAACCCCAUGGCCAUUUCAUUUGACAAACUCGCCAAACUCUCAACUAAGGACGCUUUGAAGAAUGCCCAGAUUCGAACAAAUACUGUUGCUGGUGGUGUGACGGGAAGCUCUAGUACGGAUCCAUUGGUUUUAUCCUCGGUAUCCGACUCGGAUCUCGAUGCGACAGCUCAGAACAUGAAACUGUUGACGGACACUUACAAAGUGAAUCGGUCUCGGGCAAGUCAGGCUUCGCUCGACAUGACAGCUCCUGUUAUCUCAAUGGUAGUAUCGCAAGGUAGCAAAGUCUCAGGGUUUGGUGAUGACAUUGCUAUAGCGAUUGGAGACUUGUUCAACUGGCUCAAGACGGAAGUUGAAAAGGUAGUGGACUUCGUCAAGAACGCUGCUACUGGACUUUGGGAUUUCGUCGUCAAGAUCGGCAACGACAUUUAUCGUGCUCUGCUCGAUAGAGUAGAUGCUGUCGUCGGGGCUGUAGAAUGGGUCUUUGACAAAAUCAAGACGGGAGUCAGCAAGGUUCUCCGAUAUCUUGAGUUCUUGUUUGACUGGGACGAUAUCCGUCGCACCAAACAGGUGGCGCACAACAUGGUCAAAUAUUGCCUAGUUGACAUGGUAUCUGGCAUCCAGACUGCCAAAGGAGAGCUAGACGAGUGUAUAGGCGAGGCCCAGAAAGCAGUCGCUGAAUGGUCCGGUAUCAAAGACUGGUCAGGGCUCGGUGAUGCAGCUUCGAAACCGCCAUCGAGAACUGUAGUCGAUACUACCAAAAGUGAGACUGCUGGUUCCCAAAUGAUGGUGGGCCACUUGAAGAACCAAGCCAACAAUAUCAUGAUACAGGGUUCAAUGCCAGAACCGAGUCUGGUGCAGGGUCUAGUGGACGACAUGAUCGCAGCGUUGGAGGCAGAAGGUUUGGUCUUCCUGCAGGCCUUCAGACAACUUCAAGACCUUGCAAAGGAAUUCUCGACUCUGAGUCUCGCAGAUAUACUCAGACGGCUUGUUGGAAUUCUCGCCGAAGGUAUUCUUGGAACAACCAAGGUGGUCGUCGAUGCUCUACUGGACGUCUUGCAUAGACUUGCUGGGACUGUCGUUGAUAUGCUCGACACCAAAAUCCACAUACCCAUCAUAUCCGAUAUACUUAAUCUGAUCGGAGUCCCCGAUAUUUCCUUCCUUGAUCUAUUCCUUUGGAUUGGUGCAGCAGGUAUCACUGUCAUUUACAAGAUCGGCACAGGCGAAGCUCCAUUUGCAGACAACGCUACGACCCGUGCAUUAAUCAGUGCGACAGAUUGGGCUUCAUUCUCUGCGGUAGUCAAGCAACCUCCUCGGCUAUCAUCUGACGAGAAACACGACGGCACUUCUCGCCUGAGUGUACCGCGUGAGAUAGGGCGUAUCAUCUAUGUCGUGGGCCACGGCCUUGCUGGUUUCAUCCUCAUGGCAGGAACCUUCAUCUUCUACCCCGAGGCUAUAGAUCCCGACCCCCAGAACCCACGCCGUAUACCCGCAGCUUUACUUGGCGCAGCGGGUGCUGUCACUCUUGUUGCCACCGACUUCCUCUUUGCAACGAUUCCACUCGAGAACCAAUUCAUCUCUACCCUUCGGAAAGUCACCGGUCUUGUCACUGUUCUAUUCAAGUGUGUGUUCUGUGGCCCGGCUCAGAAGUUCUUUGACAAGUACCAAUUUCUGAAGGUCCUUACGGCUGCCGACCCUAGAAAGAUCAGCUCCAUAUUCGACAUGGUUGUUGCGGCACCGGCCUUUUUCUGUGUAUUCUACCACUUCCAGGAGCUUAGCGAGAAGCCUGCAAGUAGCGAUAAGACGUUGGCCAUUAUGGAGGAGACAUCUCGUAUGAUGGCGGUCCUUGCGCGGGUGUCGUAUACCGUUGCGGUUAACGCGCCUACCCGAGUUCCCAAGGUUAUAGCAGCCAGCUCCAUGUCAGCAUGUCAUGUAGUCACUGGUGCCUUGGAGUUAACUUGCUCGGCGAUGAUGUGGGAUUAA